AUGCGCGGAGGCCGUGGUGGCGGAGGUCGCGGAGGUCGCGGCGGUGGACGUGGUGGUGGACGCGGUGGUGGACGCGGUGGUGGUCGCGGCGGUGGACGUGGCGGUGGUGGUGGACGUGGCGGUGGUGGACGUGGCGGUGGACGUGGGGGGAGUUCGGCGGUGCGGGGUAACGUUUUUCAGCCUCACGCUCGCAUGCGUGGAUGCUACCUGCUUGCCGGCAAAGAUACCCUGGCGACAAAGUCCCUAGUGCCUGGCGUUUCCAUCUACGGGGAAAAGCGUGUCAGUGGCACCAUUGCGGGGGAGACGGAGUCCACUGAGUUCCGUGUGUGGAAUCCGUAUCGCUCCAAGUUGGCAGCUGCCAUUUAUUCGGGUGUUGCUCAGAUUUACAUGGAGCCGGGUUCCUCUGUGCUUUCCCUUGGAGCCGCCAGCGGAACCACCGUUAGUCAUGUUUCGGACCUGGUAGGACCAGAGGGUGUUGUCUACGCGGUGGAAUUUUCCCAUCGCAGUGGCCGUGACUUGGAGGAGAUGACGAAGCGCCGAAACAACAUUGUGCCCAUCCUGGAAGAUGCUCGCUAUCCACAGAAGUAUCGCAUGUUGAUCCCACGAUUGGUGGAUUGCAUCUUUAUGGAUGUUGCCCAGCCGGAUCAGGCACGUAUCUUGGCGCUGAACGCGCAACAUUUUCUGAAGGAAAAUGGCGGGUUUGUCAUAUCUAUCAAAGCCAACUGCAUUGAUUCCACUGCGGAUCCCGCCACAGUAUUUGCCUCUGAAGUGCAGAAACUAAAGGACUCCGGUCUGAGGCCCAAGGAACAGGCCUCACUGGAGCCCUUUGAACGUGAUCAUGCCGUUGUUGCAGGGUACUACAAGUGUCCACCGAAGUAA